AAAGAAAAAAACCUAUAUAAAUUUUUAUAAAUUCUUAUUUUUUGUUCAAUAUUAUUACGGAUACAUUUUACAAAUUAUUUGAAAACGACUGCAAAGUUUUCUUUUACCGAGUUGAAUUGUGUAAAUUGCAUGCAAAAUUAUUUAUUUAUAAUAAAUUUAUCCAGCAAAGAAAUUUAAAGAAUUCGCGUUUACAAAGGAACUGUGAUAAGUUUUUGGGUUUUGCAAAGAAGCAUAGGAGAGAAAGGCAAAUUGAAAUAAAUUCAUAAAAGGCGAGUGGCAUCUCUAAACCAAUCGGUUUUUUCAUACGAAUUAUAUACAAAAUAGCCGUAAAUCAUGUCAAAAUAUUUAAAUAUAAUGAAGGCAUACGGUGGGGAAAGUGAUGAGAGUGAUACAGAGGUAGCUGAAGUCGAUAUCGACAAAUUGCCACCCAUAGAAAUUAGUCCGGACGAACACAAACUACAAUACACAUACUGUUUGUGGUAUCAUAGAGGCUCUUACAAAAUCAAAAAUCCAUCGGAUUAUAGCAAAUCAUUGCAUUUGAUUGGUCGUUGUGCAACUGUUGAGCAAUGGUGGGGCCUUUACUGUCGCUUAAUACGUCCGUCAACAUUGAAACCAUAUCGUGAAUUGCACUUGUUCAAAAGUGGCAUUAAGGCGAUGUGGGAAGAUCCACAGAAUGCAAAGGGCGGCAAGUGGGUGAUUCGUUUGCGUAAAAAUAAAAUUGAUCGCGCUUUUGAAAAUUUAUGUAUGGCAAUGCUGGGUGAACAAUUUCUCGUCGGUUCAGAAAUUUGUGGUGUAGUUUUGUCGACACGUUUUCCGGAAGAUCUGUUAUCGGUGUGGAACCGUAGUGCCGCAGACACAAACUGCACGAAUAGAAUUAGAGAUACACUGAGGCGAAUUCUCAAUUUGAGCCCCAACACUCCUAUGGAAUACAAGAGCCAUUGUGACAGUUUAAAAUAUUUAAAAUCCGUGUCUUCAUCGUCUCCAUUGGCACCAACAACUGUGUCAACAACAAAUUCAUCUCCAGCCGGGAAUGCAACAACAAGCACUAUCAACAGUAAUGCCUAUAAUCCACCAAUCACACGAAACAAUGGAAUGGGCAACGGUGCAAAUGGGGCGCCAACGUCGCGUUUCUUUUCAAGACCAUUCACAACAACUUCGCACAGUUAACAUAGCCGCUAUUAAUUUUCAUUCAUUGACCACUAUGAAACACCGACAGCAAUAUCUACUACAAUAAAUGAAAAAUAAUGAGAAAAAAAAAACAAAUUAACAACAACAACAGCAACUGAACGGAGUUUGGAAUCUACAAUUCGAAUUGUCGAUGGUUAACAGAGAGAGCAGUACAUUUAAACGAAA